AUGGAACGCUUUAUGGAGGACGCCCUGCAGCAGGCUCGCAUCGCAAACGACCUCAAGGAGGUUCCGGUGGGCUGUGUGUUUGUGCGCACGGACGGCCAAACCGAAAAGAUCAUUGCGCGCGGCUGCAAUUUGGUGAAUGAAACGAAAAACGCCACCCGGCACGUGGAGUUCAUCUGCAUCGAUCAGGCGCUGGAGUAUGCGCGGCAGCAGGACGUGACGCCGCCGGAAGCAAUCUUCAGCACGGUGACCGUCGUCGUGACGGUCGAACCGUGCAUCAUGUGUGCGGCGGCACUGAUCGAGCUGGGCGUGAAGGAAAUCAUCUACGGCUGUCGGAACGAUCGGUUUGGCGGCUGCACCGUGCUCGAUGUGCCCGGUUUGCUAAGCGCCACCGUCCCGAUACGGGGCGGCGUCCGUGACGCGGAAGCGAUGGAGCUGCUGAAGGAGUUUUACAAAGGCAAAAACCCGUCGGCACCGAUUCCAAAGCCAAGGGCUAAAAAGGCGUGACACCGAACGCUCCUGCGAAACUGUAAGCAAAGCAUUAGGAUUAAGUUUUAGAAUUAUAUUUGCUUCAAGAGUGUGAAAUCACAAAGAAUUUGUAAUGAAUGAAAUAAUACUAAACGAACGCAUGUUUGUUUUGUCAA